GUCUCAAACGCCAUGACCACCAUCGCUCUGCUUCCCUCACGCCUGGGUCUCUUGACCUUCCCAAGGUCGUCGCUGCCCGUGAUGAUGCAUCCUAUCGUCAAGAGCAUGUUCUUUCACCGGCAAACCCGAUGCAUUCUUCUCGUACACCGAGAACGCCCUCGAAGUUUCCAUCAUCACAGACAUCUGCGCAGUCCAGGGAGACUGGAUCGAUCAGAUCCAUCUUCUGAGCUGUCCCGAACUAAUGAUCUGUCAAGACACAUUCAGGGUCUUGCAGAUCGAUUCUCAGCUGGGGCUCGACCAGUCUGCCAGCAGAAUCAAUGCGCUUUCGGAGCCCCUGGCAAAGGCGGGCGUCAGCAUCCUGUACCUGUCCACAUACCAGACAGACUACAUCUUUUUCAAGGAGAAGCGGCUUCCCCUCGUCACCGCUACCUUGCAGGGCCUUGACUUUGAGUUUGUGGACAUGAGCGAACCAGACGAGCUUGUCAAUCUCGACUUUACCCGGAUUCCGUCGCUCCACGUUCAAGCCGACCUGUGCUAUCCGUCGCUCGGCAGCAUACUGCCCAAGCUAUCAAACGGCCAUUGCGAGCCUCAGGCAAGUCCGGGCAGGGAGUUUCCCACCGACUCGGGCCAACCCUCCGAGUCCACGGCCGUUGGCACCGAUUCGGAGCUCGAAUCACCAACCUCGACCGAGAGUCCCGACUCUGAGCUGCUCGCCAGCGGGCACGGGCACGGACUUGGCCAACCUCGUCACCGCGAUCAAACCAACGGUGGCUCGCGCCAGGGAUAUGCCUCGCCUAAAUUUGUGGAUGUCGAGGCCCUGCCCAAAAAGGUCCUGCCCAACUACCAUCUCCGUCUAGUGGGGCUCCGGAUCGACGAAAUUGAGCUUUGGGCCAUGGCGAUGACAGAGACCCUGUUCUACGCGACCGACGACCAAGGUCUCGGGUCCAGCAGCCGAUUCCUGUCCUACACGCACGCCACCGAUGGCAUCUCUCUCGUCGCCGACGACAAUGUCCUCAGCAAGUUUGAGUCCGAUUGGCUGCUGACCACAACAGCCUCGCCGCUCAUCUGUAUCCAGGUCGAUCUCGCACAACUCGGACUUGAUCGAUAUGGCAUCGUUUACUCGAUGAGCAAGCCAAUCAGCCAAGUGGGCAUCAACAUGCUGCUUCUCAGCACUUUUAAGACAUCCAAUGUCCUGGUCGAAGAAACCGAUCUCCCUCAGGUUUUGCACAUUCUAAAGGCGUCGUCUCAGUCGUCUCUUAACUUGACCGAGGACGCCGACUUGGAUGUCGACUCAUGACGAAACUACAAUGCCGACAAAGACGGAGUGGCCUUUGCAUUCUGCGAAUCGCCUGCAGCCCCAUCCACCACCAUCACCAGCACCACCAACGCCACCACCAUCACCAGC